AUGGACGAGCCGGUCUACCUCCCCCAGUCCCUGCGAACUGCAGUCGCGGUCUCGUUUGGAGUUGGUCUGCUAUACUGGGUAUAUCGCCUGUUUUUGCAAAAGACAAAGAGUCUGAAGGCGCUGGACUUGCCGGUCCUGCAAAGUGUUGGUGAUCAAGACAUUGUGAAAACGCUGGAGGAUGGCCAUGCCAAGUAUCCAGACACUCCGUUCGCACUGGGGGUGCCAGGGCAACAAGUAGUUGUUCUCCCAGUCUCUGAAAUCGACACCGUCAAGGCGCUGCCGGAGAACCAGCUGUCCAUCAAGAAGCACCAUUACAACCAGUUCCUCGGCGAAUACUCGUACAUGGGCACCAAGGCCGACGAAUUUGACGAUGCGAUGAGAUAUCUCCUGGUACGCAACACUCCGGCCGUGUUGGCCUCCUUUACAGCCGAGAUCGACUACGCCAUGUCGACCGUGCUCCAGCUCGCGCCCAACACGUGGACCCGACUGAAGCCGCGGUCGAUCAUGCCCAAGGUUGCCACGAUCCUGUCCGGCCGCGCCUUUGUCGGGCUGCCGCUCAGUCGAGAACCAGACUGGAUCGAGUCCAACGUCAACUACACUCAGGACGUCUCUCGCGCCUGGAUGGUCUUGCGCUUCUACCCGCACUGGAUCCGACCGCUGGUGGCGCCGUUUCUGCGCGAGGUCAAGGCCCUAGAGCAGUCCAAGGCACUCAUCGGGCGCAAGAUCGAAAAGCUCCUUCGCGACCAGGAACGGCAGAAUCCGUCGUCCACAAAGGAGAAGAUCCCUGGCGGCGAUAUGAUCGACUGGUUCAAGUCGCGGUACCAGGGGAAACCGGCCACGGCCAAGCAGCUCACGCGCGAUCAACUGCUGGCCACCUUUGCCUCAAUUUACAACUUGUCCAAUGCUCUGACAUAUGUCAUAUUCGACCUGGCCGCGUAUCCGGCCGUCGCGGACGAGUUACGCGAGGAACUCGACCAGGUCCUGGGCCCCAACGCUGGGAGCGAGAGCAUUGAUAAGAUCUCCAUCACGCGAUUGAUCAAGCUGGACAGCUUUGUGCGUGAGUCACAACGUAUGAGUCCGACCUCUUUAGUCAACAUCCCCCGAAUUGUCACCGAUCCGAAUGGGCUCCGACUGAAAACCGGCCAUGUGAUCCCCCCCGGAUACCUUGUGAUGGUGCGCGCGCAGCCCAUCAACCAGAACGCCAGUCUGUAUCCCAAUCCGGAGCGUUUCGAUGCCUUUCGCUUCGCUCGUCUGCGCCAGCAGGGAGCGGCCCACGAGAACCGCUGGCAGCACACCUCCACGGGGGCCGACAACAUAAAUUUUGGCCAUGGGAUCUGGGCGUGUCCGGGCCGGUUCUUUGCCAGCGCCGAGAUCAAGGUGGUCGUGGCCUAUGUGAUUCGUCACUACGAUCUACGCCUGGUCGAGGGAUGUCCUCGUCCGACUCCCAGGUAUGGUGGAUUGGCCAUCUUUCCUGACGCCGAGGCCGAGGUCGAGUUUCGGCCGAGAUUGUAG